CCAAAAGCGUAUCACGAGCCAUCCCAAGACAAGCUGAUCCUUCACUUUCUUCAGUUUCUCAAUAUAUUUUAAUCUUAAUUUUCUACGUUUCUUCCUUAUUCUGCCCAUAUAUUAUUCUCUGCCUCUUAAGCAAAACCAAGCUUCAUUUUUUUUCCAGUCCUAAAAACAAUGGCUAUGGAGUACCAGUUCUAUUCAUUGAAGUUAGCUCUUCUCGUUUCUUGUUCCCUACUUGUCCUUCCCUUUUCAUCUUUUUAUGUCCAAGCACUCAACAUUGGAGUUCAGACGGCUGAUUCUGCUAUCUCCCUGGACAAAGAUUGUAGUAGGAAAUGUGAGUCAGAGUACUGCUCAGUGCCUCCAUUUUUGAGAUAUGGCAAGUAUUGUGGGCUUCUAUACAGUGGAUGCCCAGGAGAGAAGCCUUGUGAUGGCCUUGAUGCUUGUUGCAUGAAGCAUGAUGCCUGUAUCCAAUCAAAGAACAAUAGCUAUCUAAGUCAAGAGUGCAGCCAAAACUUCAUCAGUUGUAUGAGCAAUUUCAAAAUAGGUGCGCGGACGUUCAAGGGAAACAAAUGCAGGGCUGAUGAAGUUAUUCAUGUUAUAUCUGUAGUCAUGGAAGCUGCUUUGCUUGCCGGAAGAGCACUUCAUAAGCCAUAAGACAGAAUUAAUAUUCCUGUUGUCUUUUCAUUGCUAUUUUUUUUAUAUAUAAAAAAAAACAGAAUAAAUUUGGCGUUUC